UUUCUGCAACAAAUACAUUGCAUUUAGGUUUUUCUUUUGUCUUUUCAAUUUCAUAAUCAUACAACCUAUUGUUUACAUUUAAAAACAAAACAACAACUGUUUAUGCAUCACAAUGUCUAUAGUUGUUUCUGGAAUAACACCCUCUAUAGGAAAUAUUACCUUAAGGAAUAACAGAAUUUUGGAUUCUCUCAUUUCCAUUUUCUGUUGUAGGUCAAGAGGUUUCCAGCUUUAAGGAUUAGCAAGGAGAUUGAACAUGAAUGUCAGUCAGACUGGGAAAACACAACAUUCCCAUUUCUGUUAUGUGACUGAAAAUCGUUCUUGCCCCAAGCUAAUUUAUCCAGAAGUAACACGGAUUACACUGUACAUUUUUUUUGUGUCCAUCAUCUUUCUCACUGUAUGCGGAAACCUUCUUGUCAUCAUCUCUAUUGCUCACUUCAAAAAGCUACAUACGCCAACCAACUACCUCAUCCUCUCUUUGGCUGUGGUUGAUUUUCUACUGGGAGUAGUCAUCAUGCCUCCUAGCAUGGUGCGUACAAUUGAAACAUGCUGGUAUUUUGGAGAUGUGUUCUGUAAAAUCCAUUCAAGUACUGAUGUCAUGCUGUGCACUGCAUCCAUUUUAAAUCUUUCUUUCAUUUCCAUUGAUCGAUAUUAUGCUGUUUGUCAGCCCCUGCACUACCAGACCAAGAUCACCACAUAUACCACAGUGAUCAUGAUAACAGUCAGCUGGAGUGUUUCUGCCUGUGUUGGGUUUGGAAUGGUAUUUCUGGAACUGAACAUUUUGGGCAUUGAAGAUUUUUAUUAUAAUAAUGUUGCUUGUAUAGGAGGCUGUAUUCUAUUCCAGACUCAGGCGUCAAGUUCAAUGUCUUCCAUCCUUUCUUUUUACAUCCCUGGGUUCAUUAUGCUGGUCAUAUAUCAGAAAAUCUUCCAUGUUGCACAGAAGCAAGCCCGUUCUAUUCACAGCAUUGCCUGUAACAAUAUACACUCUGAAAACAGCAAAAUGGAGCGAAAGGCUACAAAGACCCUGGCCAUUGUUAUGGGGGUUUUCCUGUCAUGCUGGUUACCUUUUUUUGUGUGUAACAUAAUCGAUCCAGUCAUUAAUUAUUCUGUUCCACCUCUUUUAUUUGACACAUUUGUCUGGAUUGGCUAUUUCAAUUCAACAUUUAAUCCUAUUGUUUAUGCUUUCUUUUACAGGUGGUUUCGGAAAGCAUUCAAAAUUAUACUUUUUGGUAAAAUAUUUCAAGCCCAAUCCUCAAGAAUGAUAUUAUCCACAGACUGAAUCCUGAUGGUUAUUAAUUCAUCUUGAGCAUUUAUUUAUCUAUUUUCUCUUUUGUAUCACCAAGUUUAAUUAGUAUUCUCACAUUAGUGUAAAUAGACAUAUCAUCUGUACUUACAAUGUUCCUACAUACACUCAUUGAGCACUUUAUUAGGUA